CCACCUUAUAGUCGGUUUAUGCGGUCUAUAUUUUGGGGGUUUGGGCAUAAAUCACAUCUAAAAUAAGAAAUUGCAAAACCACAAGUUUUAAUUGCACAAAAAAAGAAAAAAAGAAAAAAAAGAAAAACUCAAUAAAGGUGCAUGGUAUUCGAUGAACCAAGGUCUCUGAAGAAUAGGAACAGCCAGCUGCACUAUUUUAAUGGCGGCUCGUCAAGUUUGAAUUGUGCAUCACCAUAUAUAUAUAGCCGUUGUUCUCAAAAGGGUCUUCAUAAUUUGUCAAAACUCGAUCUGGGUCAUCCUGAAUUUCCUCGAAUAUCAUCAUCAAUCGUCGCCAUCAUUUCAGAUUGAAUUAGCUGAGAGUAGCUGGGUUUUACAUGUGCUUGCUGAAGGUGGCGAACCAGAGGAGCUCAGGCGGUCAAUACGACAGGUUUGAAUCUUCAAACGACGAUGACCGUGGCGAAGAAGCCUACACAUACGAAGAACAUCCACAAGCUGCUGCUAUUAAUCAUGAAUUAAUGAACCAAUUACCUCACCAGAACGUUUCGCCGACAAUGUUUUUGGGGUACAGUCGGCCAACGGAGAUGUCGGCAAUGGUAUCUGCUUUAACGCAUGUCGUUUCUGGACAGAGAGGCAGUGACAGCUGGGGACAUAUUGGAAGCGGUGGAGUUACGUCUAGUUUUGGACAACUUUAUUCUUCUUCUUCUUCUUCUGCUUCUCCUUCUGCUUCUCCUUUGUCAGCUUUUUCAUCUACUUCUGGUCCCUCUGCCUCUGGUUCUCAUAAUUGGGUUGGCCAAAAACGAGGGCGUGAAGAAGAUUUAGCUGCUGCUGCUGCUCAGGCCCAAUUCAUGGAAUCUGCUAACAGAGUUUACAGAGGAAGCUAUGCUGAUUUCAGAGCAACAACACAAUCUGAGUCUUCAUCUGGUGCAACAGUGACAGAAGAAGCUACAAAUGCUGUCACCACCACGACCACCGCCUCCGCCGCCACCGCAGCUUCUGCCGUACCAUCCACACCAUCAAGCUCAGAAACUGUUUCAUUUGAAGAACCCGCUGAAAGGAGGAGGAGAUACAGGGGAGUGAGACAAAGGCCAUGGGGCAAAUGGGCAGCUGAGAUACGUGAUCCACACAAGGCUGCAAGAGUCUGGCUCGGCACAUUCGACACGGCGGAGGCCGCCGCUCGAGCCUACGAUGAAGCUGCUUUAAGAUUCAGAGGAAACAGAGCCAAACUCAACUUCCCGGAAAAUGUCAGGCUUGUACAUCCCCAACCACAGCCACCAAAUCUCCAAAACUUCAAUUCAGAUUCUGCGCCAACCCAUUUAGCUCCAAUCUUAUCUGCUCAGCCAUUGCAGCUACCACCACAACCACCACAACAACUUUACCAGCCCCAACCCUUUCAUGGCUCCUCUGACUUUCUCAGAGACUACUUUGACUACUCUCAGUUGCUUCAGAGCUCCACUGACUUCCAUGCACAGCAGCAACAACAACAACAACAGCCUACAAAUUUGCUACAGCAAAUGUACUACAAUUCCCAACUGGCUUCACUUCAAUCUUCCUUGUUAAAUCCACCAUCAUCCUCCAGUUCCUCUUCUACAUUGCCAUCCUCUGCUUCUGCCUCUGCUUCAUUUCCUCUGUUCUUCUCUGAUCAGAAUCAGCAACUUGGUUUCUUCCGCCCGCCGCGAAAUCAGAUUAAUCCUGGUGGUUCUUCUGAUUUCCCAGCACCAUCUUGGUCACAGUCCGGCAACAACCCAUCCUCUUCCGGUUAAUACUUUCAUGAACAAUUUUUUUUUUCCCUUUAUUUUAUUAAUUAGAGCAUUUUCUUGUCACUAGGUUUUUAUUUUUAAUAUAUUAUAUAAAUAUACCCCAGUAUUUUGCACGUAGUUUUGUUCUAGUUGUUUAUGUCAUCCUAGUACUGUAAAGCGAAACACAGAGCAAAGAGAAUAUAUAAAUGAUAAAGCAAAGAGAUAGAAACAAGGCAGCACUUAGGAUUUAGGUGUAGUUUGUUCUCAGAAGAUUUGAUGUCUACAUUCUUUUCUCAGCGACUAUCCAUGGAAAAAUGGAGAAAUAUUUUUUUAACCUGUCUGCAUUUUGCUUUACAUCCAGAGAUCAAUUAAAGAAUGCUUUUUGCCA